AUGGCUGAAGGUGGAGGUUUACUGGAUCGGGACCAGUUCAGCUGUUCGAUCUGUCUGGAUCUACUGAAGGAUCCGGUGACUACUCCCUGUGGACACAGUUACUGUAUGGGCUGUAUUAAGGGCUGCUGGGAUCAGGAUGAUCAUACUGGUGUCUACAGCUGUCCCCAGUGCAGCGAGACCUUCACCCCAAGGCCUGUUCUGAACAAAAACACCAUGCUGGCUGAAGUGGUGGAGAGACUCCAAGCUGCUCUUCCUGCUCACUGUUACGCUGGACCUGGAGACGUGGCGUGUGAUGUCUGCACUGGGAGAAAGCGCAAAGCCUUCAAGUCGUGUCUGGUGUGUCUGGCCUCUUACUGUGAAACUCACAUCCAGCCUCACUAUGAAUCUCCUGCCUUUAAGAAACACGAACUGGUGAAAGCCACAGGUAACCUGAAGGAGAAGAUCUGCUCUCAUCAUGGCAAACCACUGGAGGUUUACUGUCGUACCGAUCAGCAGUGCAUCUGUAUGCUGUGUGUAAUGUAUGAACACAGAGUCCAUGAUAGAGUCUCAGCUGCAGCAGAAAGGAAUAAGAAACAGAAGCAGCUGGGGGUGACACAGAGUAAAUUCCAGCAGAGAAUCCAGGAGAGAGAGAAGGAGCUGCAGGAUCUGAGACAGGCUGUGCAGUCACUCAAGUGCUCUGCACAGGCAGCAGUGGAGGACAGUGAGAGGAUCUUUACUGAGAUGAUCCGCUCCAUUGAGAGAAGGUGCUCUGAGGUGAAAGAGCUGAUCAGAGAUCAGGAGAUGGCUGAAGUGAAUCGGGCUGAAGGACUCCUGGGGCGACUGGAGCAGGAGAUUGCUGAGCUGAGGAGGAGAGACGCUGAGCUGAAGCAGCUUUCACACACACAGGAUCACAUCCAUUUCCUCCAGAGCUGUCAGUCUCUCUGUGCCCCUCCUGGACCUGGAGUCUUACCCAGCAUCAUAGUCAGUCCACACGUCUCUUUUGAGGCUUUCAGGAAAUCUGUCUCUGAACUGAAAGAGCGACUGGAAGGCAUCUGCAGGGAGGAAUUAAACAAAGUCUCUCAAACAGAGCCAAAAAGAGGAGAAUUGUGUCAAUAUUCCUGUGGGCUCACACUGGACCCCAACACAGCGCAUGAAGAGCUCCGUCUGUCUGAGGGGAACAGAGUGGUGACCAGUGUGGGAGAGAUCCAGUCAUAUCCUGAUCAUCCAGAGAGAUUUGACUACUGCUUCCAGGUGCUGUGCAGAGAGGGUCUGUCUGGAUGCUGUUAUUGGGAGGCUGAGUGGAGAGGAGAUGGGGUUUUAAUAGCAGUGGCAUAUAAAGACAUCAGCAGGAAAGGAGAGGGUGAUGACUGUAUUCUGGGAUGUAAUGACAAGUCCUGGAGUUUGCUCGGCACUCCCUCCAGUUACUCUUUUUUACACAAUAAUGGGCGCACUGCCAUCCCUGCUCCCUCCUCCUCCAGAAUAGGAGUGUACCUGGAUCACAGGGCAGGAACUCUGUCCUUCUACAGCAUCUCUGACACAAUGACCCUCCUGCACAGAGUCCAGACCACAUUCACCCAGCCCCUCUACCCUGGGUUUUGGGUUUUUUAUGGAUCCUCUGUAAAACUGUGUGAUAUGUGAUGAGUCAGUGAAGGGAAGAUCAGCUGUAAUUAAAGAGAGGGGAAAACACUGCAAUGAGACAGAAAGUGAAUUAAAUGCAGUUCAAUCUUCAGCCUCAAAUGAUUAAAUGAAUGAAAUAAUGAGCUGAACUGAACUGAAACUCAGGAAACAUCAUUUUGGUCACACUGAAGCAGAUCCAGUCACUCUAAAGCAUGGGCUCCAUUAUUACAGUGAGCUCCAUGUUUGGAUCAAAGACAUUUUCUUCUUGAUUUUGCUCUUUACGGCACUUUUAUUAAAGGGUAUUUCAGACAUUUUGGUUUCCCCAUGUCACUCAUUCCCAAUGUGGGAUUAGUCAGAGUGUUUGUGGUGAAGGCAUUUAUAUGGAGCAGCUGCUGUAAAGUCAGUAAGACUCUGGGUUUCAUGGCUGUUGUUGUUUUGUGUUGUACUGGGCAGUGUUGGGUACUAUAUGCUGUGAU